AUGGAACCACCACAAAAAAAGAUUUUAAAAGUUUUUGAUCAAGAUGGAUUAUAUAAAACUAUGGUAAUUGAACCUAGUUCGACCACUGGUGAAAUUUGUGAAAAAUUUGCCAAAAAAUUAUUUUUAGAAGAUUCAGAAGUUGUACAAUUCAGUUUAUUUAUUUUUGAAGGUGGUGUUAGACAUCAAUUAAAAAAUACAGAUUUUCCAUUUGAUUAUUUAAUAAAAUAUGAAAAAAAAGAUUAUAAAUUUUUCUUUUUAAAUCCAAAUGGUGAAUUCAUUAGUUUUGAUAAAGAUAAACAAGUAAAGAAAUCACAAUCAGCAUCAACAAGUGGAUCAGCACCACCUAAAAAAGAACCACCCAAACCACAAGAAUUACAACAAAAACAACAUAUAUCCAAAGGUAAAUCUGGUUGGUUAUUAAGAAAAAGACCGGGCAGAUAUGAUAAAUUGUAUUCAGUUAGUAAAGCCGAUAAAUAUUUAAGACUUUAUGAGAAUGAAGAUACAGAUAAUGAUCCACUUUAUGAAUUAUCAUUAGAGAACUCAAUCAUUGAAUUAAAACAAGAUCUUCAUCUUCAAUUAACAUUAGGUAAUUCUGAAAGAUAUAUAUUCACACAUGAAUCUGAAUCAGAGAUAGUAUCAUGGGCACAAGAAUUACAAGCAACAAUGAAUUAUACACCAGGUAGCAGCAGCAGUGGAUCUAAAACCAAUAUUAUUAAAAAUUCAUCACCAAUGGGUGGUAUGCUAAUGGGGGGAGGUGGUGGUGGUGGUGGAUAUAUUCCAAGUACAAAGGAUUUAGGUGUAAAAUUACAAUCAAAAGCAGAGAAUACUACAACAUUAGUAUCAACAUUAAUUCAAUGGGUUAAUCAUAUAUUGGAAGGCAAAGGAAUAAAGGUGGAAGAAACAGAGGUUUUAAGUGCAUUUAGUGAUGGUAUUGUAUUUAUAAAUUUAAUCGAAGAUUUAUUUAAUCAAACCAUUUCAUAUCGUAAAGGUAAAUCAGUGUACGAAAUGCAAAGUAAUAUCGAUAAAUGUUUGGAUGUAUUGAAAACAAAAUGUGGUUGUGACUAUGGUAAAAUCUUGUCAUCGGAUGUAUCCGAGUGUAAAGUUGCCAAAAUUAUCGUACGUAUUCUUUGGUCAAUGUUUGUUGGCUAUUUCUGUAAUUGUGAAGGCAAAGAAUUUAACAUGCGUGAUAAAUUGAUUUCAUGGUGUUCCACUAUCGUUUUACAAGAAUCAUCUAAACAAAUCAUUGUAGAGUCACCAUCAUCAUUGCGUAAUCCAAUGGUAUUCGCUGUGUUGGUUAAUAAAUUUGCCGGCUCAACAACAUUGGAUUUCAAUGCAUUGCAAAAGAUUAAAUCAAAACAAGAUCAAGCUCAACAAAUUAUUGAAGCCGCUUUUAAUUACCUAUCGAUUCCAAUGGUUGUAGAUAGUUCAUUUUGGAAUGAUGAUCAAUUGGAUGAGAAAUCCUUCUUAAUUUAUCUUUCAUUCUAUUACAUCUAUUUAUCAGGUCAAGAAGAAGAGAAAUCUAAAUUCCUUCAAUCUUGUAUCAAUCCAAGACCAUCGGUUGAACCUGAACAAACAAUUAGUAUUCGUGAUAAACAAUUAAAAUUAAUGAGAGAGAAAAAAGAAGAAGAAGAUAGAUUAAAAAAAGAAAAAGAAGAAAAAGAAAAAGAAGAAAAAGAAAAAUUAGAAAAAGAAUCAUCUGCUGCUGCUGCUGCUACUUCUUCAAUUGCAUCAACUGCUAAUAGUAAUAGUACUGAACCACCAAAACCAACCACUGUUCCUUUAAAAAAAACAAUUUCAAAAUUACCACCAAGAAAAUUACCACCAACUGUUUCAUCUCCAACAACAACAACAACAACUACUGUACCAACUACUGUACCAACUACUGUAACAACAACAACAACAACAACCUCACCAACAACAUCACCAACAUUAACACCAAAACAACCAAUUGGAACAACAAUCAAAAAACCAGCAACUGCACCAUUAAAAUUGAAACCAGUUGCAAAACCUUUACCACAACCAACACCAUCAUCAUCAACAUCAACUACAACAACACCAACAACAACACCAUCAUCACCAAAACCAACACCAGUACCAAGAACGCCACAAUUAGAAAAAGAAAAACAAGAUAGACUUGAAAAAGCUAGACUUGAAAAAGAAAAAGCUGAAAAGGAGGAACAAGAAUUUUUAAAACAACAACAAGAAGAAGAAGAAGAAGAACAAAGAUUAUUAUUAGAACAACAAAAACAACAACAAGAGGGACAAGAAAGAUUAAGAAAAGAAGAAGAAGAACAACAACAACAAAGAGAAUUAGAAGAAAAACAAAGACAAAUUGAUGAGGAAGAAGCAGAAGAAGAAGCAAGAAUUAGAGAAUUAGAAGAAGAAGCUAGAAAAUCUAAAGAAAGAUUAGAAAAAGCUAGAUUAGAUAAACUUGCUAAAGCUCAAAAAGAAAGAGAAGAUAAAGAAAGAGAAGAAAAAGAGAAAAAAGAAAAAGAAGAAAGAGAGAGAAAAGAAAGAAAGCAUGAUGAAAACGAUAUGGAUACAUUUAAAUUAUUAGAGGAUAUCGUAUCAUCUUCAUCUUCACCAACUAUAACACCACCACAAUCACUUCAUUCAUCACAAAUAAUUAGAACUACAAUCGAAGAGGAUGAUCAAACAAAUUCAGAAUUGGAAAUGUUCCAAAAUGAAUAUAAUAGAUUACAAGAUGAAGAAGAACAUAUUAAUAGUUUCCUUAAAUUAGGUAGUAGUGGUAGUAAUAACAGUAAUAAUAAUAAUAAUAACAAUAAUAAUAAAUCUGGUGCAUCAUCAGUAACAGAAUCAGUAACAACAAAUAAACAUAAAUCAAUUGAUAUUCUUUCUGAUAAUUCAUCAGUUUUAUCAUCAUUAGAUGAUAUUAUUAAUAGUAUUGAUAAGAAAACAUCUGCAACAACAAGUGAUAGUUUUAAUCUUUCAACAAGUUCAACUUCACUUUCAUUUUUACCAAGUUCACCAGAUUUAUCUACUAAUAGUACAUUUACUACUAAUAACAAUAAUGAUGAUGAAACUAAAGCAAGAUCAUUAACUUCAAAAGCUAGAAAACCAUUACCAACUUUAACUAAAGAACAACAAAGUAUAAUUGAUAAACAAACUGGUUUAGUUAGUAAACAAUCAACAAAUAAUGAAUCAAAUGAACAACAACAACAACAACAACAACAACAACAAUUACAACAACAACAAUCAUCUCAAAAUUCUACAACAUCAAUUUCAACUGUAAACCCAUCAAAUUUAUCGAUAAAUAAUGAAGAAAAAGAAAAAGAAUCAGAACCACAUAAACCACCACCAAAAAAUACACAAGGUAGAGUUGUGGUUAGAAUUUGUUUAGAAGGUUUUGGUGAUGUUUUAUUUUGUAGUUUUGCAAUUGGUUAUGAUACUUUAUGUGGAACAGUUAGAGAUAUGGUAAUCAAAAAGAUGAAAGUGUCAUCCACUGAAGAAUUCGAAUACUCAUUACACAUCGUAAGAGAUGGUUUAGAGAGAGUUUUGGAUGAUGAUGAAAUUUUAUUAGAAGCUGAAGAUAAAAUCGAUAGAUUUGUUUUCAAAAAGAAUGAUAUCGAUCGUAGAUUAUUAAUUUCAAAUCAUAGACCUGUGUCAUCAAAAUAA